UUUCAGUAUUGAUCCUGAAUAAUUCAUCUAAGACAAUAACAAAAUGUCAGAUUUUAUAGAAUCAUAGACCUUCGGAAAAAAUCAAAUGGUCUUCGAAUGUCAGCAUGUGUGAUCUUAGUAAAAUUAAGGUUGUCAAAAAUUAACAAAACUAAUUAAGUUAAUUCCUGUCAGAUACAGUAUGGAUAUCUGCUGAUAUGAGCGGUAAUAAUUAAACCGGUGGUAUGUAAAACGUAAACUUAAUGGAACAAACGGGGAAAAUAUGCUGAAAAUUUUGGCUAACCUAAACCUUGAACUAUGUGUUAUGUUUGAUUAUUUAUAAAUUUUAUUGAAGAUCUAUGAGUUCUGAUACCUCCUAAGUGAAGAUGAAACAACACUAUAUAACUAAGAAUCACAUUGGAGUGAGGUUAAUGUAUAUGUUAGCCAGAAGCUGUGCAUAGAACAAGUGUACAAGAGGAUAGAACAAGUGUACAAAAAGUUUAAGGCCCAUUGAUAUUUAGAAGAAAAACUACAUAUAAGGCCCAAACAUUUUAUUUCUUACUAUGCCCAGAAACUCAAGUCUUAUGCUAGUCCUAAAGCCCACUCGAUGGAAGGGUAAGAUAAUGGAUGGACAUUAAGUGUAUAUUAAGUAAGUAUAUGCUAAUCUUGGGAAUUGAGAACUCGAAAUUAAGGAUUAACAUCAUUGAAAUCAUAGCAGCAUUACCGAUGAGGCAGUGAAGUAAGUACUUAUUGACUUGGGAUUUACUCUCUCUGAACAAAAUGACUUAUUCUAAUUAUAUCAACCUUCGGAUCCAUAAUCUAGUAUUUAUUACAAUAUCUGCACUCAUUUAAUUUUACCUUUUUUUAAACCUGCACUAACUUUAAAUUCAAACUCAUUCAAUUGCGUGCACUCCUUUUUUAUAAGAAAAAAAGUGAACUGCUACCACUAACCUGUCGGUGGAUUACUAUUUUACAAUUUUUCUUUAAUUUUAAAAUUUUAUUACACUAUAAUGUUACUCUUCUACCCAUCAUUCCUCAUUUAAUUAUUUUCUCAAUAAUAUAUCAUAACAAUUAUUCAUAUUUUACUGGAAACUUCUUUAUUGAAAAACUGUAUUUACUUUGGGGCAACUUUUUAUGGAAUAAUACAUUAUUAAUUAUUUCUUACCGCCCAAUAAAGAUUUCACAGACUUGGCAUGGAAGUCAUGAACAUUCACAACAACCUAAGAAAAAAAAACUGAAAACCAAAAAGCAAUAAAAAAAAAGAAUUCUAUAAUUAAUGAAUAUCACAUUUAAAGCUAUUAAGAUUCCAUAAAAAACACUGUGUUGUCCCUCUCUCUACCUUGUCUGCUGCUCAGAUCUGUCUAGGGAGAGAAAGAAUCUGAGAAGAAGAAGAAGAUGACUGACCGAGUCUUCCCAGCUUCCAAGCCACCAACCGCCACUAACGGAGUUCCACCAGCACCUCCUCCGGCUCCCACUGCCGUUAACGGUAACGGAACAGCAAACGGCACAGCUAACCAAAAGCCUCAAGUCUACAUUCCGGCUAACCGGCCAGUUUACCGUCCGCAGCCUUACAGCCGCCGCCACCACCACCAAUCACGGCCAAGCUGCCGGCGAGUUUGCUGCUGCUGCUGUUUCUGGUCGAUACUCAUCUUCCUCCUCCUCGCUCUCAUGGCCGCGAUCGCCGCCACCGCCGUGUACGUGAUCUACCGCCCCCGUCCUCCGUCGUUCUCCGUCCCGUCGCUUCGUAUCAGCCGCGUUAACCUCACCACCGCGUCGGACACCUCCGUCUCCCACCUCUCUUCCUUCUUCAACUUCACUCUCCUCUCGGAGAAUCCCAACGGCCACCUCACCUUCUCCUACGAGCCCUUCGCCGUCACCGUCAAGUCCGCGAAGUCCGGCGAGACGGUCGCGAACGGGACGGUUCCGGCGUUCUUUAGCGAUAACAAGAACAAGACGACGUUUCGGGGCGUGAUCGCGACGUCCGCGCCGGCGCGUGAGCUGGAUCCGGAAGAAGCUCGGCGUUUGAAGUCGGAUCUGGCGCGUGCGCGCGUGGGGUUUGAGAUUGAGAUGAGGGCGAAGGUGAAACUGCGAAUGGGGAAGGUGAAGAGUGAAGGAGUGGAGAUCAGAGUGACGUGUCAAGGGUUCGAAGGGACAGUACCUAAAGGUAAAACUCCGACCGUAGCAACCUCGAAGAGGACUAAGUGUAAGUCUGAUCUUAGCGUCAAGGUCUGGAAAUGGAGUUUUUAAAUUUUCACAAUUGGAUAUUUUUAUUUUUGGUUUCUUCUGGAUUUUGUAUUACUUUUGGAUAUAUCCAAAAGGAGAUUUGUUUCUCAGUUUUUAGUUACGAAUUUGCAGAGAAGAGUCAGUGAGAAUUCACAGCUUCUAAACCUUUCUUGGAUGUUUUUGUUUUGGGAGUUUCUUAUUUAAAAUUAUAAAUGUAAUAUAAGGAAUUUGAGUACUAAAAACCUGGAGAUGGCAGUGAUUGCAUUA